CCAUUUGGUUGGUAAGGAUUUACAGAUAUGUGAGAGACUAGUGCCGAUAGACAGUAGACAGGGAAUAAGAAUCACAUUCUGAGUGACCCUGGUACUAUCGCCGACUUCUUUCUUUGUGUUUCACUUCCUGGGAAAUCGAGGGUUGACUGAAUUUUUCCACAAGAGGACCAAAUCCCGACCAAUCUGUGUUCCACUCUUCCCUCUCUCUUUUUUCUCUAGGCAAGUGAGCAAGUGAGCAGGAGUGAGACAAGGCUAGAAAGCUUUUCGAGGUCUGAGUGGGACAGUACAGCACGUCAUAUCGCAUCCUCCUCAUCUUCUUGAUCAUCCUCAUUGCCACCUAGUUCUCCAGUCGUUGUUGGGUCCAUGUUCCAUCUUGAUCUUUCUUUCCACUCUCUUUCUCGUCAAGUUUGUUUCCACUCUCGCUCCUCCUGCUCUCCUCUCUUUCUGUAGCUCGUCGUGUUCCUGCUUGUCUGUCUUGAGUUUCCAGUUCCUAGUUGCUAGGUCUUUCUCACUCAGUUCCAAUUGUGGCGAAAAUUGAAUUGUGGACAAAUUCCAUUUGUGGCAAUUUGCAACCAAAGAGCCCGCACAACAAUUCCCUCAUCAUCUCAUCGCCUGGCCUGUCAUCAUCAGGAGUCCUCUUCAGAAACCAUUGCUACAUCUUGGAAUACAUAUAUAUGGUAUAAAGUCUAUGUGUGGCGGAGAGAAGGAAAGAAAAGGCAUUGGAACAAGGAACCAGAGGGAAACCAUGACAAAGGCCAUCAUGGACGAACGGGACAUUGGGCAGUCAGAAGAGAGGAUGAAAAGCAGGAAUGGCACCAGUCAUCUUCAAGACUGGGUAAACACCAUUAUAGGGAUGAAGGAACUAAGCACGGAUGAAAAAGCCGAGCUACAGCUCCAAUUUCCACAUGGUUUAGAUGACAAUGCCCUGCUGGGCACCUGCGAGGUCCAGGAUAUGACUGAAGCCAUAUCUAGGCUCAUGAAUGGUACAGACACCAUGGCCGAGGUCAGAACCUCAUUGGCACGCGUUCAUGAGCAGCAGGUGAUUCAGUUCUUUGAUCACUUGGUGGAGUCUGUGGAACGUGUGCCAAUGUCCGGGGAGACGGUGGACGAGUUUGAGUUCCGACGGCGAGAAACGUCGUUGGAACAUCGAACUUCUUAUUUGAAAUAUCGUCAAGAGCCGUUCCAAGUUCGAGACAAGUUCUUGGAUGGCGAUCGGUUUUACAGGGAUAACAAGUAUGUGGAUGCUUAUUCGUCUUUUUGCGACGCCAUAUUUGCUUGCGAGGCCAGACCCUUGGCCGAGCUCUCCGACCAUUACAGUGAAGAGUUUGAAGGGAAGAAAGUGCCCUUCAAUCUCGUUUACCUCAACCUGAAGAUGAAACAAAUCGAAAGCCUUCUCUUGGCCAAGGAUUACGAACGGGCUUCGAUUUAUUCCCACGCUCUCUUGACUUGGAUGACCGUUCACUCUGCCAGAGACGUGGCCGGAUAUUUUGCAUCCUAUCAUAGUGAAAGCUACUCACUUCUGCAGAUUUGGAUGGGAGAAGCUGAAAUUGCCUUGGGAAACCAUCACCGCGCCAUUGACAAGUGCUCCGUGGCCAUCCGGAACUUUUGCCAGUUAAAAAGCACUGUGGCCUUGGAACGGUCCAUAUAUAGUGUCCGUCAGAACUUUUUUGAGCAGCUCAUCGAGAGCUAUGAGAAAGGAGGAGACUUGAAAGGUGUGCCUGAAGAUCGAGCCAAAGCCAAUAUCGUAGUCAGUCAACACCGGGAAAAGGGCUUUGAGCAAGGUCAGUUCAUCUUGAACGACCUGGUGACGGCAUUGAGGAUAGCCAAGAAUGGAGACACCAUCUUCUUGGAAGAAGGAACUUACACCAAUGGGGCAAUGGAUCCGAAUCAGAUGGAGAACCCAGAGAAGAAGGUCCCCUUUGAAAUCAGGAAGGCAGUGUGUUUGAUUGGUUGCUCAGCAAGCAAAUGCAUCAUCUCCGGAUCGAUUGUCAAAUGGGGAUCAUCUGCUGUUUUGCUCAAACGGUUGAAAUUGGAAGUGGGAUUGGACAUUGAUUCCAAUGAGGAUGUGUACUUUAUGGACGGUGUCACGGUUCUCGAAGAUUGUGUCAUUGAAAGUCCUGUGAACACGUGCAUGUACGUGAUCAGUCCGAACUUUGCUACAGAGACCACGGUGAAAUUCAGGCAUUGCAUAUUCGACGGAUUGGGCAAUUGCAAACGAAUGCUUUGUUUCCAGGGUCCGAGGCCGAGAAUAUCGAUUGACUCGUGCUGUGUAAACGAGUUAUAUAGUUUUAUAACUGUUAUCACCCCAGAGGAAAAGACAUCGGCUAUCAUCACCGUGGCAGACUCCGUGUUUUAUGACCUCCAGGAUGGUUUGAAGAUAAUUGUUCACCACGAAAGCAACCUUGUUGGCACAAUGACUGGCUGUCAGUUUGAUCUCAUCAAGUACGAUCAAGACUGUCCUUCCCAUGCCUUUUCCAUGACUGGAGGAACAACUCAGCUCCUGGGUAACAUGAUAUAUUGCUCCCACUUGGACUCCAUCGGGUUCUCUCUCCAUUCCCUUAAACGAGUCGAUAUCGACAUGAAUCUGAUUGAAACGGGCGCCGAGGUUCCACGAGCUUUGGCUCUUGGCCAAGGAGUGGUUCUCUCCGAAAAUCUGAACGUCAACAUCUCGUCCACAGAAAUCAUUGGUCUCCGGAUUGGAUUCCAAAUCUCUAAUCAAUUCAAGGAGAUGAACCACUGUAUUCUACGUGAUUGCAGUGCCAAGCAAUGCUCCUUAGGAUUAUUUGUCAAGUGUGCAGAGCCUGAGAGUACUUCAAGCUCAGAGAUCAAUCAGGAAUUAACCUUGUUCCAGUGCCACUUUGACUCUUGCUACUACGCUCUGAUGUGCGACGAUCUCCAGUCCAAGAUUGAAGUAAUCAAUAGCUCAUUCUACGACAUUCCCAAACCACUUCUAAUUGCAAAGCUCAACAUGCUGAACUUCAAUGCCAGAGGGAAUGAGUACAAACUCAGUCGCGACUUCCAUGUGGAAGGGUUUGUGAAAGAGGAUGACAGCAGUGACGACACUGCCAGUCACAAAACGAACCAUUCGGAUCAAGAUGCCAAGAGACAUCAAAUGUACCUCUAUUUUGCCACCAAAGAAAACCUGCCACAUCGCAUGGCGAUCGACGUCAAACACUUCCAAAUCAUCGGAUCCGCCCAAGACGAGUUGCAACUCAUGCAGAAGUUCAAAAUGUUCAGAGAAAGUCCCCUGAUCGAGUAACUGAACUCGCGAAAGCAUUUUCUAUUUAGUUUAUUUAUUCGCCUCGGAAUACACAAACACCGUCAA